GCGGGCGUGGGAGCCUCGCGCGGGGGACGCGGCUGACGGGCUGCGCAGAGGCUCCGGCCUUCCCCCAGCUGUUGGCUGAAAGCCUCAGUGGUUAUUCAUGAAGACUCGCCCACCAUGUUUUAUGGGACUCAGUUCAUCAUGUCUCCUCCCACGAAGAACAAGCUAAAGCGACAGAGCCAGCUGCUGUCCACUAUGCUGUCCCGGACACUGAGCUACAAGUACCGUGACCUGGACUCCACCUUGUGCAGCCUGGGUGCCAGCGAUGACCCCGCGGAGCUCUCUACCCAGCUCUCGGCCCCUGGCGUCUUGAAGGUGUUUGGGGACAGUGUCUGCACAGGCACCCACUACAAGAGUGUUCUGGCCACUGGCACCUCAAGCGCCCAGGAGCUGGUGAAAGAGGCACUAGAGCGCUAUGCCCUGGACCCUGGCUGUGCUGGCCAGUAUGUGCUCUGUGACGUUGUGGGCCAGGCUGGGGACUCUGGACAGCGGUGGCAGGCCCAGUGCUUCCGAGUGUUUGGGGACAAUGAGAAACCCCUGUUGAUCCAGGAGUUAUGGAAGCCCCGAGAAGGCUUGUCCCGGAGGUUUGAGCUGAGGAAGAGGUCUGAUGUGGAAGAGAUGGCAGCGAGGGACGUGGAUACCACCACAGCAGGGAUAAACGCCCAAGCCCGGAGGCUCCAGCGUAUCCGCGCCAAGGGAACCCCAGCCCUCACCUCAGAGGCUGCCCAGAGCGCGCCACCUACCCGGCUGCGCCGUACAGUCAGCGAGACCAGCCUCAGCCCGGCACCCACCCUACCCGACGCUGCCCAGAGCCCCGAGGAGCCCGUCCCUGACAGCAUGCGUUACUCACUGUACCAGUGCCCGCACCUGCUGCUGCUGCAGGGCUACAGCCAGCAGCAUGACAGCCUGGUGUACGUGCUCAGCCGGGAGCUGCACACCGUGGGCCAGCGCACACCCUCCAGCAAGCCCAGCAUCAGCCUGUCCGCCCCCGACAUCCUGCCCCUGCACUGUACCAUCCGCCGCCACCAGGCCCCAGGAGGUGGCCGGGCCGGGCCCCGGCUCGUGCUGGAGCCCGUCGCUGGGGCGCCGGUUUCAGUCAACUUCUCUGAAGUGGGGAGGAAACCCGUGGUGCUACAACAUGGCGACCUGCUCUCCCUGGGUCUCUACUACCUGCUGCUGUUCAAGGACCCUGGGCAGGCGCAGCCGCUGCCUGCCUGUGCCCUCGCCCGUCUCGGGGCGGCGCCACAGAGCUGUAGGAUGUGUGGUGCGGUGCUCAGAGCCCGAGGGGCUGCUUCCUUGCCUGCUGCUAUGGUCCGGAGGCGGUCCCUGCUCCUGGAGUUUGAGCCGGACAUGGAGGACACCCUGCUGCAGAGGAUCAUGACGCUGAUCGAGCCUGGCGGUGAUGACCACAAACUGACGCCUGCCUUCCUCCUCUGCCUCUGCAUCCAACACUCGGCCACUCGCUUCCAGCCGGGGACCUUCAGGCACCUCCUGCUCAACAUCUCCAAGAGGGUGCGAGACACGGUCUGGGAGAAAACCAAAGAACUGGCGGAAAAGCAGGCACAACUCCAGGAACCCAUCUCCUGGGCCAGCUUCCCCAUGGCCGACCUGGUUCCCGACCUGCAGCACAUCCUGUUCUGGAUGUCAAACUCCAUUGAACUGCUGUACUUCCUGCAGCAGAAAUGCCCGCUGUACAUGCAGAGCAUGGAGGAGGAGCUGGACGUGACAGGCUCCAAGGAGUCGCUGUUCUCCUGCACACUGACGGCCAGUGAGGAGGCCAUGGCGGCCCUGGAGGAGGUGGUGCUGUAUGCGUUCCAGCAGUGUGUGUACUACCUCUCCAAGUGCCUGUACGUCUGCCUCCCGGCCCUCUUGGAAUGCCCUCCAUUUCAGACCGAGCACAGGGAGAGCUGGCGCUCAGGCCCCGCUCUGCCGGAGGAGCUUCGACGCGUCGUGUCUGUGUUCCAGGCCACCUCGGACCUCCUGCGGCAGCUGCAGAUGCACCCUGAGGUGGCCUCCCAGAUGCUUGCUUAUCUCCUCUUCUUCUCUGGCACGCUGCUCCUCAACCAGGUGCUGGACAAGGGGCCCUCUCUGAGUUGCUUCCAUUGGCCCAGGAGUGUCCAGGCCUGUGCCCGCCUGCAGCAGUUCCUGGAGUGGGCCAGGGGCGCUGGCCUCGGGGCACCCGCCGAGCGCUUCUUUCGGAAGCUCUCCUGCACCCUGCAUCUGCUGGCCACUCCCAGCGCUCAGCUCGUCCAGAUGAACUGGGCCACCCUUCGGGCCACAUUCCCUGCCCUGAACCCUGCUCAGCUGCACUGGCUGCUGACUCAGUACCAGCUGGCCUCUGCCAUGGGCCCGAUGAGUGCCUGGGAGCCAGGAGCCCAAGACAGCCCAGAGGCCUUCCAGUCCGAGGACAUCCUGGAGUCCUAUGAGAACCCGCCGCCCAUCGUCCUGCCGAGCCAGGGCUUCCACGUGGAUGUGGACGCAGACUGCCUGGAGGACAGCAUCUACCAGCACCUGCUCUACAUCCGCCACUUCCUGUGGGGGCUGCGGAGCCCAGCCAGCCCUGACAGUGGGCCUGCCCAUCCCGAGAGCAUCGAGGGCCUGUACCACACGAUUCCUGAGGGGCAUCUGGAAGGCCAUGGCUGCCCCCUGGCUAAUAGGGACCCAGGCAGAGGAGCUGUUGAAACUGCCCCAGCCCAUUCUCUUCCUGUCACUGGAGCUCCCCGGGCACAAGGUCCCCCCGGAAGACAGCCUAUCCGAGGGGACCGAAGGGGUUCCCAGGCUAGCUCUCUGCACACUGACUCCUCCUGCCUGCUCACGCCUCCCAGCACACCACUGGGCCUGGAGCCUGGAGGUCCCACCUGGCCAGAGCCCAGUGGCCUCCGUGGAAAAGCACCUCUUGAAGGGCAGAGGAACGGGCCAGGUGGUCCUACCGGUGCAGCUCUGGAAGGAGACCCUGUUCAGGCUGCUGCUGAGCCUCCUGCUGAGGGCCCCAGCCCCAGCUCCAGCACCGAGGACUUCUGCUACGUGUUCAUGGUGGAGCUGGAGCGAGGCCCCUCAGGGCUGGGGAUGGGCCUGAUUGAUGGCAUGCACACAUCUCUGGGGUCCCCGGGACUCUACAUACAGACCCUGCUUCCUGGGAGCCCCGCAGCGUCUGACGGGCGGCUGUCACUGGGAGACCGAAUCCUGGAGGUGAACGGCAGCAACCUGAUGGGUGUCAGCUACAUGAGGGCAGUAGAUCUGAUCCGAAACGGAGGCAAGAAGAUGCGCUUUCUGGUUGCCAAGUCUGAUGUGGAGACAGCCAAGAAAAUCCGCGUCCGAAAGCCCCCUUCCUAACAGACCAAAGACCCUUACCCCAGUACCCGCUUCCUGUCUCCUUGCCAGGUGGCACCACCACCCCCCCUCGCUACCAGCCCACACUCCCCAGUCCAGCCAGUCCUGGGUUUUAAUGUGGAUGGAGUGAGUCCCUGUGUCGUGGCCUCACGUUGAGGACACCUGUUGAUAGUGUACAUUUUAGUGUAUAUUUAUUUAUAUGACACAUGACACUAAGUUGUGACAUUUCCUACAGAGCUUUUAUGUUUAAAGACUUUAAUGGAGAAGUUAGAUUCAAUAAACUAUCUUUCGUAUUCUUACAGGGGGAUUAGGAUCUGCAGUGCAACACUGAGGGAAGCCAGCGGCUCUGUGGCAACCCUUCUUGUCCAGUCAGCACAGAAGCCAGGAGUGCGCCUAGUAUGGAUUAUGAUAGAUAUAGUUCCUUACUGGUCCCCUGCCCUGCUUCUGGUUCUGCAAAUUGGACCCAGGGGUCUUGAUGUGCUAGACAGGCACUCGACCACUGAGCCACACCCCAGCCCCUCACUGGGGGAUUCUAGACAGGCACUCGACCACUGAGCCACACCCCAGCCCCUCACUGGGAGAUUCUAGGCAGGGGCUUUACCACUGAGCUACCGCCCUCAGCCCCUCUUUUUAUAUUUUGUUUUGUAACAGUCUCACUGAGUUGCCUAGGGUGGCCUUGAACUUGCUGUGUAGCUCAAGCAGACUGUGAACUUUCUACCUUCCUGCCCCAGCCUCCUGAGCAGCUCUAAUUACAGGCCUGCUUUCCUCAAGCUAGGCUGUCGAUUACUUGAAUGACCCUCUACCCCAGAACUUCGGCUUUUUUUGCAGCUGGGAAACAAGAACCACAAGUCACGGUGGUCCUGUCUUUUGGUCCUUUGUUUGAGACUGGUUCCAGGCUGGUGUGGCACAUACUGUGAAGGAGGUGGUUCAGGGCAGCUCCCAACAACCUGAGGCCUUGCAGUGUGAGCCCCCAUGCCUGUCUAGAUGAUUAGGCUGAUGUUUUUGCAGGCCUGAGCCAGCCUUGAGCCCCCAGCCUACUGAGCCGACCUCCACUCUUCUCCGCUGUCGCCCGUCACCAAGGCAGGUGGUUGAACACUUAACACUAAGGUGAGGGUCCAGGCUCUUCUUCCCUUUCCACUGUUGGGAAGCCAGCCUCCUUCUCCAGCCAGGGCCUGGCUGUGCUGGGGUAGCAGCUGGCACAUGCGUACACUGGGGUGAGCAAGCUUGGCCACGCUGUCCAUCAGCAGGCAGCAGCUAUGUUCACGGUCUCAGUGUGCACACUCAUCUUUUUAAAGAGUUCAGUGUGUGCGUGCAUGUGUGUGCGUGUGUGUCCACGUGUGUGUUGAGGUGCACAGGUGCCCCAGCAUGUGCUGAGGGAAGGGGACAGCCUCAGGUGUCGUCCCUCACCCUGUUACAGGCAAGCUCACUCUUUUGUUGGCUGAUGUGUGCAGCGGGCUCGGUGGCCUGAGGGCAUCCACUGUUCUCUUCCUCCCCUCUCAUUGUAGGAGUGUGAGGAUCACAGGUGCGUUGGCUACUGUAGCUGGCUUUAUGCAGCUUCUGGGGUGUGAGCUCAGGUCCACGUGCUUGUAUGGCAAGGGUGUCACCCACUGGGCCAUCUCUCCAGCCCAAGGUCCUCAUAGAUUCAACAGGAAUAGAGGGAGUCUGGGAGCAGUCCCCGUCAGCUGCAGACACCCAGGCGUGAAAGGGAUCUCUGUGGAGGGCACCGGCCUCUGCAGCAGUCCUGGAUUGGCCCUGUUGCUUGCCCCCAUGCUUCUCCAUGCUGCCCUCUCCUGGUUGCCACUGGGAGCUGCAGUGCAUCCACUGCAGCUUUCUACCUGCUGCAAGCCUCCACCUGGCGUGGACAGCCAGCCGCAACUCGAUGAGGCCCAAGAUGCUGGAUCGAGUAUAUAA